AUGCAGGUGGGAUUGCGGCCACAGUUGAAGACGCGGCGGUCGCUGGUCGACUUGUUGGUUGGCAGCGGCAGCAGUGAAUUCAGCGCGCCGUCCUCUUCCACGCUCAGCAGGCCCAACAGCGGGUCCAACAGCGGGGUUGGGGGGUCUCAAGGGUCCACUGAAACCAGUGUUGCCGCAUUUGGAUCGCCCAUGGCGGCAGGCCCAUCCACUGCGUCCAUUGCGCAAUUCCCCCAACUCCAGUCGGCAAGCACCGCCCCGGUCUCCGACGCCCAGCAGCACAAGCAGCACAAACAGCACGAGCAGCAGCAGGCGAACGUGGACCUCGAGCUUCCAGUUCAGGUUUCCGGGCCAGACGACAUCCAACCACCACCAUCUCCUGCAGCAUCACAACCUCCAUCUACCCCCGACUCCGCCUCCGCAUCACCAGCACCGGCCCCGCCAUCGUUGACGCCGGACCCGAGCCGUCACUGGACUUCAUCUGUUCCUGCAAUUGUUGUCCAUUCUGCACCCUCGAGCCCCGCAUCACCGAACCCCGCGGCCCCAAGAUCGACACCAGCAGCACCCGCGUCGUCAGCUUCUUCAGCAUCGCUAACCUCGUCGCCCACCAUGGCUCCUUCAAAGACAGACGACAGCCAGGAGGGGUUUCAUCCCGGCAAGAUCUACUCCAUCUCAGGUCCGGUCGUUGUCGCUGAAGAUAUGACUGGCGUUGCCAUGUAUGAGCUGGUGAAAGUAGGCCAUGACAAGCUUGUCGGUGAAGUCAUUCGGAUCAGCGGCGACCAGGCGACCAUCCAGGUAUACGAGGAGACAGCCGGUGUGACGGUUGGUGACCCCGUCAUCCGGACGGGCAAGCCCCUCUCCGUCGAGCUCGGUCCUGGUCUCCUGAACAACAUUUACGACGGUAUCCAACGGCCGCUCGAGAAGAUUGCUGGCAUUUCGAAGAGCAUCUACAUCCCCCGUGGUAUUGCCGUGCCUGCGCUUGAUCGCAGCAAGAAAUGGGAUUUCACCCCGACCAUGAAGGUCGGCGAUCACAUCACCGGCGGCGAUGUCUGGGGUCACGUCUUCGAGAACUCGCUGAUCUCAGUGCACAAGAUCAUGUUGCCGCCAAGAGCUCGCGGCGUCAUCACACGCAUCGCCCCGAAGGGCAGCUACACGGUUGAGGAGAAGCUUCUUGAGGUUGAAUUUGACGGCAAGAAGACCGAGUACCCCAUGAUGCAGACCUGGCCGGUUCGUGUGCCACGUCCCAUUACGGAGAAGCACUCCGCCGACAAGCCAUUCCUGGUCGGCCAGCGUGUUUUGGACGCCCUCUUCCCGUCCGUUCAAGGCGGCACAGUCGCCAUUCCUGGCGCCUUCGGCUGCGGCAAGACUGUCAUUAGUCAAUCCGUCUCUAAGUUCUCCAACAGCGAUGUGAUUGUUUAUGUCGGUUGUGGCGAGCGCGGUAAUGAGAUGGCUGAAGUCCUCAAGGAUUUCCCCGAGUUGACCAUCGACGUCGGUGGCCGCAAGGAGCCUAUCAUGAAGCGCACUACCCUCAUCGCCAACACCUCCAACAUGCCUGUUGCUGCCCGUGAGGCCUCUAUCUACACCGGCAUCACGGUCGCUGAAUACUUCCGUGACCAGGGCAUGAACGUAGCCAUGAUGGCCGACUCCUCUUCCCGCUGGGCUGAGGCUCUUCGUGAGCUGUCGGGUCGUCUCGGUGAAAUGCCUGCUGAUCAGGGUUACCCUGCCUACCUGGGCGCCAAGCUCGCAUCCUUCUACGAGCGUGCCGGUAAGGUUCAGGCCUUGGGCAGCCCAUACCGCGAGGGCAGCGUCAGCAUUGUCGGCGCCGUUUCCCCUCCUGGUGGUGACUUCUCUGACCCCGUCACCUCUGCCACACUGGGUAUCGUCCAAGUCUUCUGGGGUCUGGACAAGAAGCUUGCCCAGCGCAAGCACUUCCCAUCUAUCAACACCUCGCUCAGCUACAGCAAGUAUACUGCCGUUCUGGACAAGUGGUAUGAAAAAGAGUAUCCUGACUUCCCGCGCCUGCGCGACCGCAUUCGUCAGCUGCUUUCCGACAGCGAAGAGCUCGACCAGGUUGUCCAGCUGGUUGGUAAGUCGGCUUUGUCCGACCCGGACAAGAUUACGCUCGACAUGGCAACCCUCAUCAAGGAAGACUUCCUCCAGCAGAACGGCUACUCGGAAUACGACGCCUUCUGCCCCAUCUGGAAGACGGAGUGGAUGAUGAAACUGAUGAUGGGCUUCCACGACGAGGCGCAGAAGGCUGUUGCCCAGGGCCAUACCUGGGCUAAGAUCCGUGAGGCGACGCAGGAUCUCAUGGCACAGCUGCGUCAGCUUAAGUUUGAGCUGCCUAGCGAUGGGCGCGAAGCCGUCUGCAAGCGGUAUGAGGCGAUACAGCAGGCUAUGUUGGAUAAAUUUGCUAGUGUUGUUGAUGAGUAA